AGUCGCACUUGGCUGCAUCGCAACCCGCAGCAGUUCAACACUUACACAGCCAUACACAUCACCUGUAGAUCGACCGGUGUCUUACGCGACGAUGGAGUACCAGGGGCAGACCGGCCACGCCACCGACAAGGUGGAGGAGUACGGCCAGCCCGUGGCCGACCACGGCGGCGCCACCGGCGGGCCCACGGGGACGCACGGCGCCGCCGCCGCCGCGGGUGCCGGGCAGCUCCAGCCGACCAGGGACGACCACAAGACCGACGGCGUCCUGCGCCGCUCCGGCAGCUCCAGCUCCAGCUCGUCUGAGGACGACGGCGCUGGCGGGAGGAGGAAGAAAGGGAUGAAGGAGAAGAUCAAGGAGAAGCUCCCCGGCAGAGCCCACAAGGACGCCACCGGGCAGCAGCACACGCCGGCAGCCGGCGAGUACGCCGGCACCGGCACCGGCACGCACGGCGCGGAGGCCACCGGCGAGAAGAAGGGUGUCAUGGAGAAGAUCAAGGAGAAGCUUCCCGGCGGACAGCACUGUUCACGGGAUCUUGUGAUGUCAUUGCCCGUGACGAUCACGACGACCAUUAUAAACAGACCAUCCGGACAGCUUUGCACUUAUCUCCAUCGCAGUUCGCAACAGUUCAACACACUUACACAACCACACGUAUCACCUCUAGAUCGAUCACAUUUCGUAGUCCGUACCACGUCCGACGAUAUGGAGUACCAGGGGCAGCACGGCCACGCCACCGACAAGGUGGAGGAGUACGGCCAGCCCGUGGCCGGGCACGGCGGCGCCACCGGCGGCCCCACGGGGACGCACGGAGCUGCCGGAGCCGGAGGCGCGCAGCUCCAGGCGACGCGGGACGAGCACAAGACCGACGGCGUUCUGCGCCGCUCCGGCAGCUCCAGCUCCAGCAGCUCGUCUGAGGACGACGGCGUGGGCGGGAGGAGGAAGAAGGGGAUGAAGGAGAAGAUCAAGGAGAAGCUCCCCGGCGGAGCCCACAAGGACGCCACCGCCGGGCAGCAGCACACGGCGGUGGCGGGCGAGUACGCGGGCACGCACGGCACCGAGGCCACCGGCGAGAAGAAGGGCGUCAUGGACAAGAUCAAGGAGAAGCUUCCCGGCGGACAACACUGAGCCAGCUAUGCAUGCGUGUCUCUAUGUUCCGUCAAAGCUCGGCUAGCAUUUGCAGCCAUGCUUUACUACGGAUAAUAAAUAAUAAGUACAAUGGACUCCGAUGUACGUUGUGUGUACGACCGCGUCCGUGUGACGCAUUUGUGUAUUCGUAUACGGUAUGAUGUGUGUACAUACAUCGUAAUAGAAAAACGUUUGUGUAUGUUGUGUUUUUGUGGUAAGCUAUGUACGUAUUGGAGUAUAAAGUACUUUGACACUGGCACGAA